GGGAAAAAAAACAUAUUUGAACCCACACGGCCACACUAAUCUUUCCUUUCCUUUUGUGAAUCAAACAAAGGAAAUUUUUGUUCUGUUAUCGAAAUUUCUUCGCUCAAAAAUCAUUCUAAAAGGCAAUGGUCCUAAAAAUAUACUCACCGAUCCAAACCAAACUGCCAGCACUGGUAUACGCGGCAAAAGAUAAUACUCCCUGAAACUUUUUCAAUUUCUUCGCUCAAAAAUCAAUCUAAAAUAUAAACCCUAGAAAACUUGAUUUUAAACUGCUUCAGAUCCAUCGUCUCUACUCCUUAUCCCAGCGUUCCAAAUUCAUUCCAUUCACUAACUGCAACUCAAAUCACAACUCUUCAGUCUGAUUAGGUACUUUUCGGAAUGACUGAUUCUGCAUCUGAGAUUAUUAUUCCGCCAACAAUGACGAAGAGAAUAAAGCUCAGCGAGUCUGAAAUUGAAGACAGACUCGGCGAUUUACCCGAAACUGUUAUUCUUCACAUACUCUCAUUUUUGAAUGCCAAACAGGCGGUUGAAACUUGCGUUCUGUCCAAAAGAUGGAAGGAUCUCUGGAAACGUCUUCCAAAACUUAUUUUGUGUUCUGAUGACUAUGGAACUUAUAAGAUAUUCACCGAAUUUGUGUCUAAGGUUUUAGCUCUUCGCGAUUCCUCUAUGGCACUGCAGGCUCUCGAUUUUAAGCCUCAAAAUGGUCGGUCUCACAUGGUCAAACGAAUUAUAAAUUAUGCUAUUUCACACAAUGUCCAACAGUUAGGACUUUAUGUCAAUGGUCACAUUACAGAAAUUCCGUCUAAAGUGUUUUUUUGUCGGACUUUAACACAUCUUAAGCUUUCGAUUUACCCUGGUAUUAACCGUGAAACAAUGUUUCCAAAAUCUCUUAAUUUGCCAGCAAUAACCAACUUGCAACUAGAGCAUUUUACAUUUUGUGUUGGCGAUGAUGACCGUGCUGAGCCAUUUUCGAACUUUAAUAGGUUGAAUAGUUUGGUCAUUUCGAAAUGUACUGUGAGAGGUGGACGACAUACUCUUUACAUAUCAAAUGCGACACUUAUCAAUCUUACUAUAUAUGAUGACGGAUACAACUUUUACAAAAUUAAUUUAUGUACUCCAUGUCUUUGUACAUUUGUUUUUACGGGUAUCCCAUAUCAUAGACUUUCUGGGUGCAAUGCUUCUUCUCUUAAGCAUGUUGAUAUUGAUGCCGAUCUAUUCUCAUAUCCUGAUGACCCUCCCUUGUUUCUAUUUAGCUGGCUGCUAGAGUUUGCUAAUAUAAAAUCAUUGACAGUCUCUGCAGCUACUCUUCAGGUUCUCUCCUUAGUUCCUGAUUUGUUGAAUAUUAAACUCCCUUCGUUGGUUAACUUGAAGUCAUUGAGAGUUAUUAUAAAACCACUUGGAUAUGGAUUUCGUAAGAGACUAUGCGAUGUCAAGUUACGUAAAGUCAAGUCAAAGAAAAAAGCUGCAAGGUUAAGAAAAGCAUUUGAAAAAGGAUUGGAACCAUCCCCACUCGUACCUGAAGGAAUAGUGGACUUCUUGCUUCAAAAUUCACCCUCGGCGGAAGUUGACUUCAUAGAUAAAGAAAUGCUAGCUCGUAGAGCGAGAAGUUUAUAAUUGGUACCUGGUUGAUCCUUAUAAUCCUCCAGAUAGAAGUAUGGGCACACCUGAUAAGUUUUAUUAGAAGAUAUGAAGUGAUCCAUUAUGUCGGAUGCAGCUCUUGAAGGAGUGAUACGAGGCAAUUACCAAUGCAGCUCUUGUUAUGUUGUACCACCCAAAGGAUAGAUCUCUCACGACUUUUGUUGUAAGAAGAAUGAUCUUCAUUUCUUUCGUGUCCCCUGAUACCAUAUUUGGUAGUGUAGUGUUUUCUUAGUGUCCUUUGACAAUGAUUUUCCUUCUCUUGUUAUUUUACUCUGCACUUGGGCAUUGGUCCCUCAAGUAUCUUUAUCGUUAUUUAUUUAAUAUUAUUGUUAGAUCAUUUCAAAA